UAACUACGAAAAUGGCAAGGCAGACGGGAAGCAAAGGUUACAAUAUAAGGCUUAUCGAUACGCUCUACAGCCAAGUUCCAGCUUUCACCGACGUGUUUGACGAGGAAACUUGGUACACUUUCGUUAUUUGUUUUGUCGCGGGUACCUUUCUGGUGGCAUUUAUUCUCUCGAGAUUCAUCACUAUACAUCCCGUUGACUAAAAGACUGCGAACGGCGAACUCGAUUCACACAAGAUGACGUCCGAUGUACUUCCUCAAUGUCGACCAUCUCAAUUCCUACGCAUUCAAUGUCAUUGAGAGCCAUUGAUUUUUUUUUUUUUUUUUUUACGGGCGGCGUAACCACGCAAACCUUUAGGUACUAAAUCAUCUCGUUCUCACGUAAUUAAAGCGACAAGCUCCUGCGCCGGUUAGCGUCGCAGGAAGAGAUGUACGAUAUUGUAAGUGCAACAUGUCAAAAACAGUUCAUGCUCUGAUAAUAAAACGUUGAAAAGAUGUAAAA